AUACAGAAUAUGAAAGUUGGCGUUUUCUUUUUGUGGUGGGCGUGGGUUUUGCCUACUGAAAGCAGAGUGCACUGGCGAAAAAGAGACAUACAGGAGAUGUCGAAGAAAGGCAGCCCAAUUCUUAAACGAAGCCCUGAUAUUACGAAAUCGCCACUAACAAAAUCAGAGCAGCUUCUGAGAAUAGAUGACCACGAUUUCAGCAUGAGGCCUGGCUUUGGAGGGCCGGCCAUUCCUGUUGGUGUGGACGUGCAGGUGGAGAGCUUGGACAGCAUCUCAGAGGUGGAUAUGGACUUCACGAUGACCCUCUACCUGAGGCACUACUGGAAGGACGAGAGGCUGUCCUUCCCGAGCACCAACAACCUCAGCAUGACAUUUGACGGCCGGCUGGUGAAGAAGAUCUGGGUCCCUGACAUGUUUUUUGUGCACUCCAAGCGCUCCUUCAUCCACGACACCACCACAGACAACGUGAUGCUUCGGGUCCAGCCCGACGGCAAAGUGCUCUACAGCCUCAGGGUUACAGUGACCGCCAUGUGCAACAUGGACUUCAGCCGGUUUCCCCUGGACACACAAACGUGCUCGCUUGAAAUUGAGAGCUAUGCCUACACGGAAGAUGACCUCAUGCUCUACUGGAAGAAAGGCAAUGACUCCUUAAAGACAGACGAGAGGAUCUCCCUCUCCCAGUUCCUCAUCCAGGAAUUCCAUACCACCACGAAGCUGGCCUUCUACAGCAGCACAGGCUGGUACAACCGUCUGUACAUCAACUUCACGUUGCGUCGCCACAUCUUCUUCUUCUUGCUGCAAACCUACUUUCCUGCCACCCUGAUGGUCAUGCUGUCCUGGGUGUCCUUCUGGAUCGACCGCAGAGCCGUGCCCGCCAGAGUCCCUUUAGGGAUCACCACGGUGCUGACCAUGUCCACCAUCAUCACGGGCGUGAACGCCUCCAUGCCCCGCGUGUCCUACAUCAAGGCCGUGGACAUUUACCUCUGGGUCAGCUUCGUGUUCGUGUUCCUCUCGGUGCUGGAGUACGCGGCCGUCAACUACCUGACCACCGUGCAGGAGCGGAAGGAACGGAAGCCGCAGGAGAAGCUUCCCUGCACCUGCGGGUUGCCUCAGCCGCGUGCAGUCCUCCUGGACGGCAGCUACAGUGAUGGGGAGGUGAAUGACUUGGGCAACUAUACCCCCGAGAACGGAGACAAGCCCGACAGGAUGAUGGUGCAGCUGACGCUGGCCUCGGAGAGGAGCUCCCCGCGGAGGAAAAGCCAGAGGAGCAGCUACGUGAGCAUGAGGAUUGACACCCACGCCAUCGAUAAAUACUCAAGGAUCAUUUUUCCAGCUGCAUACAUCUUAUUCAAUUUAAUAUACUGGUCGAUUUUCUCAUAA